AUGUGGGGCUUUUUCCACUCCCCAGAGCAAGCGUUAUUCAGCGUCUCAGACAAGACGGGCCUAGUGGAAUUUGCAAAAUGUCUCAGCUCUUCUGGGUUGGCUUUGGUUGCCUCUGGAGGAACAGCAAACUGUCUUAGAGAAGCCGGUCUGAAUGUGAGAGACGUGUCUGACCUGACCGGAUUUCCUGAAAUGCUGGGGGGGCGUGUGAAAACCCUGCACCCCGCAAUCCAUGCUGGAAUCUUGGCUCGUCAUAUUCCAGAAGAUGAAGCGGAUAUGGACAAGCAGGAGUUCAACCUCGUGCGAGUUGUGGUUUGUAACCUGUAUCCUUUUGUGAAGACCGUGUCUUCUCCAGAUGUCACUGUACAGGAGGCGGUUGAAAACAUCGACAUCGGAGGAGUAGCCCUCUUACGGGCUGCUGCGAAGAACCACGCCCGCGUGACGGUCGUGUGUGACCCCGCCGAUUACACCUCUGUAGCUGAAGAGAUGAAGGCCUCUCAAAGCCAGGACACCUCCUUGGAAACCCGGCGUCAUCUGGCACUGAAGGCUUUCACCCACACUGCGCAGUACGACACGGCGAUCUCCGAUUACUUCAGGAAAGAGUACAGCAAGGGGGUCUCCCAGCUUCCUCUGCGGUACGGCAUGAACCCCCACCAGACCCCUGCGCAGCUCUAUACGCUGAGGCCUAAGCUUCCUCUGACGGUUCUGAAUGGCUCCCCUGGCUUCAUCAACCUAUGUGAUGCCCUGAAUGGUUGGCAACUGGUGAAGGAGCUGAAGCGGGCGCUGGACAUUCCUGCAGCAACCUCCUUCAAACACGUCAGCCCUGCAGGUGCCGCUGUGGGGCUGCCGCUCACCGUGGAAGAAGCUCAAGUCUGUAUGGUGCACGAUUUGCACAAGAGCCUGACGCCUUUGGCCACUGCGUAUGCACGAGCAAGAGGUGCUGAUAGGAUGUCUUCAUUUGGUGACUUCAUCGCCCUCUCUGAUAUCUGUGAUGUCCCUACAGCUAAAAUCAUUUCCAGAGAGGUGUCUGAUGGUGUGGUGGCACCCGGCUAUGAAGAGGAAGCGUUCAAAAUCCUCUCGAAAAAGAAAAAUGGGGCUUACUGUAUCCUCCAGAUGGAGCUGGAUUACGAGCCAGAUGAGAACGAGGUGCGGACUCUCUUUGGUUUGCAUCUCGCGCAGAAGAGGAACAAUGGUGUUAUUGACCGCUCUCUGUUCAAGAACAUCGUUAGCAAAAACAAAAAUCUGCCGGAGUCUGCUGUCCAAAAUUUGAUUGUGGCCACCAUCGCUGUCAAGUACACCCAGUCCAAUUCGGUUUGCUAUGCUAAGAACGGUCAGGUUAUCGGUAUGGGGGCAGGCCAGCAGUCCCGCAUCCACUGCACGCGUCUUGCCGGCGACAAGGCGAACCACUGGUGGCUCAGACACCACCCCCGUGUGCUCGCCAUGAGGUUCAAAGCCGGGGUGAAGAGGGCAGAGAUCUCCAAUGCCAUCGACCAGUAUGUCACCGGGACCAUCGGCGAGGGUGAGGAUCUGGUUAAGUGGCGGGCCGUGUUCGAGGAGGUUCCCGCCCAGUUAACGGAGGCGGAGAAGAAGGAAUGGAUUGGCCAGCUUGAUGCCGUCUCCCUCAGCUCGGACGCUUUCUUCCCUUUUCGGGAUAACGUGGACCGAGCUAAACGGAGCGGAGUCCAGUUCAUUGCUGCCCCCUCUGGCUCAGCUGCCGACCAAGUCGUGAUCGAAGCGUGCAACGAGCUGGGAAUAACUCUCAUUCACACCAACCUGCGGCUGUUCCAUCACUGACUCCACCCUGGGCUGUCAUGGCCGGUGGCUGUCACUCACUCCGCACAAGCCGCGGCCGUAAUGUCACCGGUUCAGCCUGGAAACCCAGCCUGCCCACGGGGUAGAGUAUCCUGGACUCAUCCAGAAACAAAGCCCCUGCCGCUGGCUGCAAAUGAAAGCAAGAAGAAGUUGAUUCCCACAAAGGAAUAAUUUCUUUAGAAAAUAAACCCGCAGUUCCCCACUG